CCGGAUCGGACUGACACGCGAAUCGAUCGGCGCCCCGUCUCUCGCGCGCGUCGUCGUCCUCUCUCUCGCGCGCGCGGCGGGUUAUAGCGGCGUGCCCGCGCGACGAGGAAGCGUGCAGCGCAGCGCAGCGCGUCGCACGCGACAGCACGCGUCGCGGAGAACGAGGUGUUUCGCCGUCGGGUACGAGGGUGUGCGAGGUAGAUCGUGGGAGCGAGAAGCGCGGCUGCUCCUGCUCGCAACACCGGCUGAAGCCGUCGCGCCGCGCCUCGCGCCUGAAGGCGAGAAAUUUCGUGAGAAAUUCAGCCGGUGUCGUCGACCCGCCACUGCCAACGCCGCCGCCACCGCCGUCGCCGGUCCGCGAUCGGACCGCGAUCGUUAUCGAGAUUUUCCCGCUGCGAGUGAGUGCGAGAUCGCCUGGGGAAGAGCGUGAGAAACGGCAAUUCGCCGAUGGGAACGUCGAGAUUCAGCGUCGGUAGCCGGCCCGGUUAAAACGAGAUGAACGGUUCGCCCCGAGGUGCGCGUGUGUGAUCGGUACUUCCAUUGACUGAUUUAAAAAAAAAGGGUAAUCCCUCACAGGAGCACGGAAGUUGGGACUGGAAUUUUUUGGAGGGGAAAACUUGCGAGCGCGAUCGGCCGUGCGCGAUUGUCCGGUAUCUGCUGCGAAAGAAAUCGUUGGGCUCUUAUCAAUUACUGUUGUCGAGGGGCAAGACGAAAAGAAGAUGGAAAAGUGAAACCCCCAAAUUGGUCCUAAAUUAGCCGUUGAAUCUUUGAGAGAGGUUCAACGAAAGCGGGGAAAGGGCAGAGAAACGAGAACGAUCGUGUAUGACUAACUACUGAUGCGGUGAAAUUUUCACUGUCAAGAAUAAAGCAGAACGAUUUGCGUCAAUGAAAAACGGAACCGUUGUCGAAAAAUAGAGUCGAUUAACUCGAAAGCGAAUUUCGCGAAUCCACCUCGUCGGUUUCGACGAUUUUGCCGUUUUUUACAUGUGUUUUAUAUCGUCGUUUUUUUUACGGGCGAUAGCACCCCUAUACAUCUUACAUUUUUGACGGUCUUUUCUUCGCGGAAAAAGGAAAUCCACGAAAUAAUACGAGGGGGAAUGAUCGAUCACGGCGGAAAUUGAGGACCGGUGGAGCAACAACGGAAGUAUCGUGCGUGUGUCGAAGUGCACGCCUCGUGCAGCGCGGGUCGGCCGAUCUGUCAUCGCCAUUGUCGAAUCGCCUAACGGCGGCCCUAAGCCCCCGCAGGGAGGCAGCCCCAGAGAAGGACGAUAAUCCCCGCGGAGAAAGGCGGUGCUUCGUCAGGACGCGUUGCGCCAUUUCAGGUGCGAGCCUCGAGCCUUCCGCUCGAGUGCUUCAGCGUGCCUCGGCUGCUUUAGGCGAGAGAAAGAGAGAGCUUGCUUUCUCUCUCGCGAAUCACGCGGCGAAAGAAAGCGUUCAACGGACAUCAAAAGACCCGGUGAUUAAUGAACGCGGGUAAUUAAGAAACAUUAAGGAGAAGGCUGCCGAAGGACUCUCCUCGAGAUCCUCGUACUAUUCGGAGAGAGCGUGUCGCCCUCCCCUUCCCCCUCCCGCCCCCGUUGCGCCCACCACCUCGAGAGGAUCCUCGCCGGAGGACAUCGCCGCGGGGUUGACGGUGGGAGGAGGCCGUCUACCUUCGAGGUAAGAGAGAGAAAGAGAGAGAGACAGAGAGAGAGAGGGAGGGCAGGAGAGAGGAAAGGAGAGAGAGAAAGAAGAGGGGUGGGAGGCCUUUAGGGGUGGAAAAUCGUUGGAGAAUACCGUCGCGGUGAAAUCACUCCUCUCGAACGCUCGCGAGACGAUCAGACCGCGAAGCAUCCCCCGCCGGGGGCCCGUCCUGCUCCCUUGCCUGCCUUUCGCCCCCCCUUCGCCCUCUCGCCGCUUGGCUGGAAGUGGUGGAAGUGGAUGUCUGAUCUCGGACGGAAUGACAAUAAGACUCUCCUUUGAUUAAUCGACGGAACAGACAGAAAGAGAGAGGUAGAGACGGAGAAAGAGAGGGGAUAUAAGUGAGAGAAAGAGAGGGAAUUAGUCCUCUCGCGAGACGACGGAUUGUUUUGCAAGUGCUAAGAAGUUCCGGCUGUUAACACAGAACUGACUGAAUAUAACUCGAAUCGAGUAACUUGGACAUAAAUCUACCGACUUGAAACCGAACGACAAUUUGAAUAGCGCCGUGCAUUGAGACGUCACGUCUCCCCAUUAAGGCCGACAAGAUUGUUAAAAUGUAUUAACACACCAACAACCCUCUCUCGCGAUAACAAGAAGGUAUUCCCCGGUAUCGACCUGUGGAUCGUCCGGAACGUUUCAACGUGAUAAGAUACGUGUCGGAGUGUAACGAGUGCAACGAUUAAUCAACUGAUUAACGAUUGUCCCUCCCCGACUUAAAGGAUAAAGUUGCUCGACUAAUCCUUUCGUUGCAUCCGGCCGUCGAGGAACUUUCCAGACAUAGAGCAGCGCGCGCGAGGGGCAAGGCGCGCGACAAUAACGCGAAUGAAUUUGGGAGGAGACGGGAUAAGUAGAGUGGAUCGAAAUUAGAAUCGUGUGCAGCCCAGUGGAAGAGGGUCGGCGCUUGAUCAGGCGGACCGGCCGACCCAAGCCAAGCUCACAAGCUGCACUACUGAAAAGAACUCAUUUACUUAAAGAGAUCGUUCGCAUUACGGCCCCUCCGUCUCUGUAAAAUUGUGUGUUACACAAGUCGCGGAGAAUGAUUGGACGAGGCGCGUCUCUAUCCGCGAAACGCGACAAUAAGACGUACACGCGACGCGUUAACAGUAAAAUAAUUUGUAAUAAUCGAUCAUAAAGCGACGAGAAAUAUCGACGGAAUUCCGAUGCCGGCCGGAUGUUUUCAAAUGUCCAUCUUUAUUUGAGCCGGCGACAGGCGUCAAUUUGAACGGUGAGUAAUCUGCGCCUCCAUGCAUCUUCCUGGACGAGUGACGAAUGCGCCGGGGCGUAAUCGACAACGAUAAGCGAAUACGUUAACAAAUCGCAGUGUGGACAACGGGAGAAUUUGCGCGAUCGGGAAAGGACGGACAGUAAGGUGGGCUGCGUGACGAAAUCCUAUUAUCGACAAAGAAGAGUUUGAUGGGCAUGAGAAAAAUAAUGGUAAUGUAGCAGCUGCAGCAAGAGAGCAAUUGUACACCCUUAAAUCCGAGGACAAUAACGUUAAGCGGAGGGUAAUCAAAGGCAACCACGUGAAAACAACGAGUAACAACCGCUGUUGAACUCGAUAUCGCGACGUAAUAAAAAAAGACGACGAUAUAUUUUAGCAACGAAUCGAUCGGGGAAAGGAUAAAAAUAGUGACAGUAAUAGGUGCGAGAACGUUAUCCUGAAAUAUUAAGUCGAUGCAAAAGUAACAACGAAAGGCCCGGCAAUCCUUUUGCGCUGAUUUAGCAGUGAUAUACAGUACAACGAGACUCGGACUAUAGUCCUUAUAAAGGGCACAGUGAAGGCAGUGCGGAUUUGUCAGCCAGGCACUUCGAUGCGCCUCGACAGCGGACGAGCUUCGAGCUUGAAGGAUCCACGCGCGAGUCGGUGAGUCGGUGUCCUCUGCGUGUUCGUCGUCCCUGCACGCGCGCGGCCGGGACAUAAGGAGCCGGCGGAGGCAGGUCCUUCCCGGUGUGGAAUGACAAUAAGGGGGCGCCGUACCCGCGGGGUGGUAUUAUGCAGGGGACGACGGAUUUGAGCGUGCCACCCAAGUGCCCGGCGAAGGUGUCGCAUCCCCUUCGUGGGAUGGCACUCGGAACGCUGGCCGAGAUAGCGGUGAGACUCGUGAUUAGCGGCUACAUAUUCGCCGUGGUCGUCUACGUGAACGCCAGCGGCAACUGGGAUAAGGACGAUGACCUAGUGUCCACGUCUAAGGUCAGCGCCGUACUUGGCCGUACCGCCACUUUGCCUUGCGACAUUGAGCCGUCCACGCGAGAGGAUCGCGUCUACAUGGUCCUUUGGUUCCGCGAUUACGCGGUGAAGCCCAUAUACAGUUUCGAUGUGCGGGGACGAGCGUUCAACAAGGCCCUGAACUGGUCGGACAGCACCGCCGUGGGACCCAGGGCCUACUUCAUCACCGUGACGAAGCCGGCCGCGCUCUCGUUGGAGGCGGUCCAGCUGGACGACGAGGGGAUCUACAGAUGCCGGGUGGACUUCAAGAACUCGCCGACCAAGAACUUCCAAGUGAAUCUCACGGUGAUCGUGCCGCCGCACCAGCUACUCAUUUACGACAGUUCCGGGGUGCAGGUGGAGAGCGUCGCCGGGCCGUUUCAAGUCGGCGUGGAGUUCGGUCUGUCCUGCGAAGUGAGGGGAGGGAAACCCACCCCGGUGGUGAGCUGGCUGGUGAACGGCAAGGAGGUGGACGGCAGACUCGAGGAGUUCGGCCAGAACAUCGUCGUCAGCAAAUUGACGGUGCCGCAGCUGCGCCGGGAACACCGCAACACCACGUACAAAUGCCAGGCGGCCAAUACGCAUCUCAUCCCGCCGCUGGAGAAGACCGUGAUCCUCGACGUUUAUCUAAAACCGCUCACCGUGAAGAUACUGUCGAAGCUAACGGUCAUGGAGACGGAGAAGGACUACUCCAUCACCUGCGAGACGGCAGGCUCGCAUCCCCGCGCACGCAUCACCUGGAUCGAGGGAAACGAGACGUUCCGGAACGGCAAGGUAAUGGAGAGCGGAAACGCGUCGAUGGUGCUGAGUACCCUGAUGUUCUCGCCCGUCCCCGACGAUCACGACAAGAUCCUCAAGUGCCGCGGCGAGAACCCGGCCCUGGCGGACGCGUACUUGGAGGACUCCUUCAAGUUGAAUGUCGUCUUCCCGCCUAAGGUGCAGCUGCAUCUGGGCAGCACUCUGAACGCGGAGAACAUAAAGGAGGGCGACGAUGUGUACUUCGAAUGCAAAGUCCGCGCCAAUCCGGAGCAUCACAAAAUUACUUGGCGCCACAACGGCGGCGUGCUGACGCAAAACUAUUCCGCCGGUAUCAUCAUGAGCACCCAGAGCCUGGUGCUGCAGGGCAUAGGGCGCGACAACGCGGGAAAUUACACGUGUCUCGCCAGCAACGAUCGCGGGGAGACGACGAGCCCGAUUGUGAACCUGAGAGUGCAGUUCGCGCCGGUCUGCAAGAUGAAGGAGGUGACGAUUAUCGGGGCCUCGCUGGAGGAAUCCGUGAAGGUGCGCUGCGAGGUAGACGCCGAUCCGAGCGAGGUGGACUUUGUCUGGGAGUUCAACAACAGCGGCGAGAACUUCGAAGUCGCGCCGGCCAAGUUUGACGGCAACAACGGCACCACGAGCGAGCUCGUCUACACCCCCGAAUCCGAGAGGGAUUACGGCGCCCUGACCUGUUGGGGUAGGAACGCGAUAGGGAAGCAGGAGGCGCCCUGCAUCUAUCAAGUCAUUCCGGCAGUGAAGCCGAAUCCCCUGAACAAUUGCACCAUCAAGGCGUCGCUCAAUCAAAGCUCGGAAAUCCUGGAGGUCGAGUGCGUGCCGGGAUACGACGGCGGGCUCCACCAGGAGUUCCGGCUGGAGGCUUACGAGGUGCUGACCGGCAACCUCCGGGUGAACGCGUCCAGCGUGUCGGCUGAUCUGCCGAUCUUCCGGAUCGCCGUGGCCGAUCUCCUGCCGGCCACGCACUUCUACCUGGUGACCUACGCCGUGAACGCCAAAGGCCGCAGCGAAGUGUCGCUGUUGGAAGACAUAAUGCUGCGCGAUUCCGAGAAGCACACAGACACCGGGGUCAGCAUGCUGCCGUUGAUCCUGCUGCUGGUCGGCUGCCUGCUGGCCUUUGGCGCGACCGUGAUCUCCGUGAUGCUGAUGAUGUAUCGACGACGCGGCACCACGUCGCCGGUGCACAUCGAGCCUUACAUGAAGCAGCCGAUAAUCACGCCGCCGGACUCGAGGAACAAUUCGAUGCUGGACGUGACCCACGGCGACCACACGUACUUCGUCGAGUACACGCUGAAGCAGGUCACCGAUUACGCGCUCAAUAAUCAACCGGACAUCAUACAGUCGCCGCAAGACCAAGAGAAGAUCAAACGCGAGCCACAACUGUUUUUGCCAGUGAGACCGGACACGCUGUUCGCGCCCUAUGACAUUCACAAGCAGGGACUGCAGACGAACAGAUGCAGCCUGAACCCGUUCUCCGCCAAGUCCUGGGAGCCCAUCAGCUUCAAAGCCGAUCGCAACCUGAUGAAGGAGAUCAUCAUCGCCAAUUCCAUACCGGGCCCGGAGAGCUGCGUGUAAACUUGAUCGCGGGAGUGAAUCCGGAGACGCAAACACACAUACUUACACACAAGACGAUACCACACACAGACACACACACACACACGUCCACACAUCCACACACACACACACACACACACACACACACACAGCAUAUCAUAAGGACGAUCAAUUUCGGAAGCCUGAAAACUGUAUCGCGCGCCGUCGCUCGGAUGCCACGACGGAUACACGCGGAUAUCAAGGACAAAGUCAACGAAUCUCGUGUCUCGCUUGUUAACGCGCGCCGGGGUGACAUAUCACGAUGACGAUAUCGUAGCAGACAUAUCAGCAUAUCGUAGCAUAUCGUGGCGCGCCACGAUCUCUCCCGAGAUCAUCGAGAGUCUUAGGAUUUUCCCCGCCGAUCCAGCGCGAGACCGGGGCGAGGAGUCGCGGAGUCGUCGCGAGACGAUUUAGUCGCAUAAUUUAAUCGAACGCUACACGUGGUGUACUAUUCCAAGUUUAAUAUAUUUUGUGUCAAGUCUUAAAA